GCGAACGGUGGUGAUGGUUUUGGUGGGUUUGGCGGAUCGCAAUGGCGGGACGGUGGCAUGGCACGUGGCCGUCCGUAUGGCGAAAGUCCGGAAGUAGACGCGAGGUCUGCGGGAGCGGGCGCACCAGUGGGCGGGCAAGGGACCGCGGUUGACAUGCAGUGGACUGUCAUGCCGUCCCCGAUGCCUUCCAGGGAUGACUGUCGGGGGAUGGGAGAGAACAGGUCAAGCGGUGGGGCUGCCUGCAAUGUGGAUACGUAUAUGCAUGUCGAGGAGGGGUUCGGCAACGACAUGUCGUCCGGAAACACAGUUCCCGUGCAUCAUCCUAGCAGGGAUAGUGAUGUAGACAAUGGAUAUGGUGGGCAAGGAACAAGCCCACAGGCGGAUGAGGGUUUGGAACCUCUUCAUGCUAAUCGCGAGCAGGAAGGUUGUGAUGGCAGGCAAAAGCCGCAGUUGUCUCAAGGAGAGACGACACCGUCGGAGGAGGGCGGUUCACAAGGAGCGGCACGAGCCCGCAAACGAGGAGAUUGGGCCCAUCUCGACACUAUGACACUCAUUCGUGCAAAAGGCAACCGGCACGUCGCUCGUGCACUCAACUCCGAAGACAUUGGCAACGGCCGGACAUCCAAGAAAGCUUGGGAGGAGAUAGCGAAAGUUUUGGCCGCUGCAGGCAUGAGAAAGACGUGGCUUGAAUGCCGGACGAGGUGGCGGAAUGUAUGGGCCACGUACAAACAAGUGACAGCCCUUCAUAGGGGUAGUGGGGCACAGAGCUACUGGAGGAUGACCUCCGCUGAGCGUCAGGAGAAGGGCUUCAAUUUCAUCCUUCGUAAGGACUGGUUUGAUCUAUUGGAGGUGUACUUCUGGAACGACAGGUCUGUUCAUCCCUCAGGCUGUGAAGAUCCAGGGAGCAGAUUCGAGGAGGGGCAUAAUUGCUCGCCCUUCGGUGCACCUGCUGAACGCACUGCCUCACCGGCCACUGCUCCCAGUGAGGGAGCAGAUGCUGCUGCUUCCGACAGUGCCCACACGGAGGGAGCACGCGAUAGUGUUCCAUCUCUCUCUUACAAGAAGACACAGACUGCCCAGAACGCAAGAGAUAAGUCAAUGAAAGAAUUGGGAGGUUGGAUGCGGGAACAGACUGGCGCCUUGAAGCACCAUACUAACACAACCUUGCAGUGCGCGGAGCUGACUGUGUCCGUCAUCGAUCGUCAGUCGGCUACUGCUGCUGCCGUGCAGCGUGAUUGUGCGCAGUUGAUUGCAGAAAAGAUGGAAUUUGGUUGGAAGGUCAUUGCCGAUCUUGUGAGGGAAUCCUAGUUAGCCCGUGCGAACUCUGCUGCUUGUCCUCCACCAGGCGAGCCCCCGAGCAGGGACCAGG